CUGAUGGUGCUGCGGGCUGGAUAUCUGAAAUGGCUGUCAAUCCAUAAACAGAUCGUCGCAGCACAAUGCCGGGCGGGCCGGAGGGUCGCCACCUGUGGGCAGACGACGUGGAGGAGGACGAGGCGGAGGAGCGGCAGCAGCGGCGCGGGUCUGGAGGGGAUGCCGCUGCCGGCGGCAGCAUGGGCGGCGGCAGCCGUGGCUGGAAUGCCCUGGUGGAAGAGGCGGCAGAGGAGGAGGGUGUGACAGGCUUUGAGGCACGGGAUGGGUGGCACGAGGGCAUGCAGGUGGAGCGUGGUGCCAGCCGCCAGCGCCUCGACCUGCAGCACGGCUUCAUCCGGGACAUUGUGCGCAAUCAGAAGGACCGUGACGCAUACGAGAAGGCGUGGCAGGAGGCGCAUGCUGCGGGGGACGAGUAUCAGCGCAAGUGGGGUCGGGCCAAGGUGCAGCGCGACGGACGAGAGUGGGGCAUGACGGAGCCGUGGCGCGCGGCUCCGCAGCCGGGCUCGCAGCAGCACCCAGAGCAGACGGGUGCCUUCAACCCACACGAUUCCGAUGCAGAGCACAGCAAGUGGUGGCGCAAGCCGGCGCCCAAGGUCACGCCGUCCCGCAUCCUGCAGAGGGCGGUACAGCAGGCAGCGGCGGAUACCCCAUCGCCCACGCAGCUGCAGCCCACUGGUGUCACAGCAGCAGCCGCAGCAGCAGCACCAGGGGCUGCAAUGCCCGUUGCAGUUGCUGCCAUGCCAGACCCAGCAGCUGCCAGGGCGCCUGCAGCCCUGGUGGCGCCCCCGCCAGCAAGCAUGCCAGUCCUGGUGCAGAUGAAGGAUGGCAGCUAUGCCAUGAUGCUGCCAGUGGUGCAGCUUGGCAGCGAGCCGGCGGUCCUGCAGCCUGCUGUGGGUGCAGCCCCAGCAAAUGCACAGGCGCAGGCUGCCUCUGGUGAUGUGGCCAGCGGCAGCAGCAGCGGCGCCAGGAAGGCCCCCAAGCUGCGGGAAGGGUUUGCAACCUACCGGCCGCCCCCAGUGCUGACCGGCCAGGGCACCGUGCCUGCCGCCGAGGCACGCGGCCUCGACAUCGGGCGGCAGCGUGGCAGGCAGCAGCAGCAGGAGCGGCCCCGGGAGCGGCAGCAGUCCCGCGGGCAGCGCUCGCCACUGCCCCCACCCGCUUUGGCAGCACCCUCCACUGGCGGCCGCACCUCCCAAGGCAGGUCGCGGGCGCAGGGCCUGCAGGAGGGCACGACAGCUGCCGGUGUGGGCGGUGCCGGCGGCGAGCGCAGGCGGGGCGGCAUGCUGGGUGCUGCCCUCGCUGCGGCUGCCGCCGACAGGGAGCGGCAGCAGCAGGCACCUCCUAAGGCACCUGCAGCGGCAGCAGCAGCCAAGGAGGAGGAGGAUUCAGAUGAGGAGCAAAGCAUGCAGCAUGGCAGCCAUGGCAGGAGCGCCCCCCACAAACGGCACCGUGGCGGGCGGCGGGAGCAAGUGAAGCGAGAGAACGCCCGGCUGCGCGAGGCGGCAGCAGCAGCGGCGGCUGCUGAGCAGGAUGAUGGUCCGCCGCCUGGCAUCAGCCGCCCGCUGCCACCGCCUUCUGCCGCUGCUGGGGCUGCGCCCAAGCAGCGGCAGCAGCAGCUUAGUGCUGCUGCUGCUGCUGCUGCUGAGGAGGAGGAGGAGGAGGAGGACGAGGAGAUUGUUGCUGCUUCAGAGGGUGGAAGCCUGGCUGGCGAUGAGAGCGAGUGGGAGACCGCUUCUGAGACGGAGAUAGCGUCUUACGAGAAUGCAGAGGCGCAAGCCGCCUCGGCACUCACGAUCACGGUGGGCAGCCGCGGCGGGCGCAGCAGCCGGCAGGUGCAGGCGGCCGCUGGCGUGCUGGAUGCCGAGGAUGGCGGCAGCGAGAGCAGCAGCCCGACAGCGGGGGGCGGCAGCGGGCCCAGCACCGAGGUUGCCGAGCUGCUGCGCCAGUUUGCGGAGCCCCUGCCGGGCAGCAGCGCACAGGAGGAGUAUGCCGCCAGUGCCGCCAGCGGUCUGACUGUGCAGCUGUACGCCAAUGGCGGCAGCGCUGCGGCAGGCGGCAGGCGGGUGGUGCAGCAGGUGCAGCGAGGCCGCCAGCAGCCAGCGGCCCGACAUGCGGAGGAGGAGGAGGAGGAGGAGGGGGAGGAGGAGGGGGAGGAGGCCCUGCCGCCGCAUGGUCGACCCAGGCAGCAGCAGCAGCCCUCCUCCAUGUAUACUGGCAUGACUCCAAGCCAGCGCCGCGCCGCACAGCGCAAGCACGCCAAGGAGCGCGCGGAAGCUGCGCAGGCGGCAGCUGGGGCUGCGCCUCGUGGUGCUGUGUCUGCGCUGAAGGCCGCCAUGGCCUCUGCUGCUGCCGCCAGCUGCCACCCGCCAGCCAGCGACCGUGGCGGCGGCAGCGCCUCGGCAGCGGCUGAGCAGCAGGAGGCCGAUGAGCCACCGGCUGCCACCUCUGGUGGGCGGCCGCCGGGGCUGGGCGCUUGGGGGACCAGUAUCGCCGGCGCCCGCAAGGCCGCCGCCGCUGCCGCUCCCCCCGGGCUUGGCACGUCGGCAAGGGGUGGCAGCGGGCCUGCGGAGCCAGUUGCCGAACUUGAUGCUCGCCUGCAACAGCUGCAGGACCGGCAGCGGGCCAUACUGCAGAGGCUUCUAGUGCUGGAGAAGGCAGCCAGCACUGGAGCUGCCGGCACGCCUGAUGGCGGCAGCGGCAGCGGCAGCCGAGGAGCACGCCGGCCGCGUGCCCCGCUGGUGCUCUAUCAGCCCCCGCGCCGCACGUCUGGCGUCUGCGGCGUCGACGAGAGCUGA